GUGCAACGAUGAACUAUUCUGUACCGAAGGUCUAAAAUGAUGAUAAAUUCAACGUAGUCUCUACUGUAGUGCUAGUCUCUUUAACCCAGAUCAUCUGCUGUGAUAUAUAGUGCGAACAAACAAAAUGUCUUCAAACACCGCACCGAUAAAAAUCCGGUAUGAGCCGAAGGUACUCCUUCGCAGUGCUUCGUUCCAAAAACUUUGCGCUAUACCAUUCAAUUUCAAAAUAGAAGCAAUUCGCUCGUAUAAAGAGGACAUUAAAACGGUUAUCAAACUACUCAAAAUUGCCACAAGGACAUACGUUAUUUCGCUGUACCUCAAAGUUGCCUCAAUCAUUCUAUUCAACUAUAAUGCUAUCGCUCUACGGUAUCGCUCGAAAAUAACCUAUUUGACUGCAAACGCAACUCAAACGCAAAAUGUGCAUGCCGGCAUUGCACAAAACAGACCCAUCUCCGAACGAAACCUGCAGUCGAGGAAUUACAAACAAGUAACGGUGGGCGGACUGUUGGAUAUUGACAUCGUCGGGAUUCAAACCGUUCUAACGUAUUCCUGCAUCGCCUACGUGGGAAUUCAAAUGGCUUGGCUGGUGAAUGUCCUUUUCUCUUCCGCAAAUAUUCCGCUCGGUUUGGUUUUCCUCAUGCUAGAUCUUGGAUACAUGGGAGUGAUUAUUUUCAAGAUUGCUUUGAAGGACAGCAACUUCUCAUGAUGGGGCGAACCCAGUAGUCGCCAUGUACUAAGGACCUGGACAAACCACGAAGAAAUACGCCUCACCGAAUUCAUCUGCACUGCUUUUAUCCACCCCAAUUUCCCCCUCUCCUGUAAUUUGCAAGCAUUUCUUCUUGUCAAUCAAACAACCGUAGUUCUAGCACGCAUUGAUUGUUCCGAUAGUUAGCCCUUUCCUUCCAUACCAGAGGACCAUACAACGUGCCUUAGAUACCAACAUGGUAGUAAAAAUGUGUAAAUGAGGAUAGGAACAACAGAAUUGGGUAAAUAAAGCACAUACCUAGAUACGGAAUGCGACUAGGAGGUUGUUUUUGGAAUUGUUCCUCUCGGACGCU